UAUUAAAUGGAUUUGAAACGUCACUAACGUGUACCGUAGGAAAAAAGAGAAACAGCAUUCAAGCUUGUAAUAACUUUUGUUGGUUUAUUGUGACUCUUGGUCAUGUCAUACGGUAAAAUGUACCAAACUGUAUGUAUAAAUAUCAUAUCCAAAAAUCGAUUCAUUUAGAAUUCGCACUCAACUUGGGCUAUUUUUAUUUUCACUUGGGGACUUGAAAACUCGAUUUUGUUUUUUAUCAGCUCGUAUUUUUCGUAUACGCGAUUUGCAACAUUGAAAACCUUCAGCCGAAUGAAAGUCUAGAAUAAAUCAUCCGAUUCUUUUAAGACGUGGGCAAAAUAAUUCAGAUCAGCGUACCAGUCAGUGAUGUGUAUGGGAGUGAAUUUCAAUGGCAAUCGAAUCUUGUUACAGGAAAGAGACAACACGUGGCUCCAAUUGCCCGUUUGUCCGCUUGAAUUCAAAACACGAGAAAAAUGCACUCUCCCAACAGACCAAUGUCCUUACGCCCAUCCACAAGACCAUGUCAAGGCUCUACCGUGCGGAUACGUGGUGUCUUGUCAUGAUUUUGUAUUCAGCCAUGGCUCCAAAAAGCGAGGUUGUGUUAGAAACAAUUGCAAAUUCUUUCACCCACCCAUGCAUCUCCGGAUAGCGGUGAUCAAUGCGGGAAAGAACAAUAAACGCAUCCGCGCCGAGCUAUUUCGACAAAUACCGGCUCAACCUAGUCUGGGAAUAAGAUCUUUAGCCCCAGGAGGUAUAAUGCCAAGCCCACAAUGGCCACCACUGGCCAAUACAGCUCCCUACUUGUGGCCUCACCCUGAUGUUACCGACCAAUUUGCCAAAAGCCAGCCUUUGACCAACAACGUCAUGGAGAUGGCUUUGACCACCAAUAAUCUUGGUUUACACUCUGGAUAUGGCUUGCAUGGAUAUCCGAACCCUUUUCCAACCAUUUGGUACCCAGCCCCAAACCUUGUUGACGCUCCAAAAUCAACAGGAAGGUCCGAUAACUCUGAGCCCAGCGAGUCUUCUCCGAUAUCUUCUGGUCUUCUCCCCUCACCUCCUCGAAAACGUAAUUCUAUGAAUGAGGUCAAUCCAAUGGAGACGAAGAGACGUUUCACAACAAAUUCUGAUGAAGUCCCUCCGGGUUUUGAAGCUCCUUUGGUCUUCUAUCAGCCGUGGAGCCCAACUUCGGCGGUGAGCCACGACACUGGGGUUAAUAAUGCGUUUCUACAAUACCAACAGCAACUGGGUUUCGCCCAACAAGCGAUGGCUUAUCAACAAAGCCUUUUACCCAUGGGAUAUCCAUUUAACAUCAAUAAACAAUGAAUUACUGCA